AUGGCCGACGCAAAGAAGCCAGAAGAGAAAAAGGCCGAUGACGGUUUACGUAAGUUUAGAAGCCUAAACCUUUAUUUUGAGCUUUAUUUAAGCCCAACUUUUGAUUUUUUUUUUGAUUUUCAGAGCUAGACUUUCAUUUUGAGCCCAACUUUUCAUUUUAGGCCAACUUUUUUAUUUUUUAGGCCUAAACUUCCAUUUUAAUCCUAAACUUUCAUUUUAAGCCUAAACUUUCAUUUUAAGCCUUAACCCUCAUUCUUUUCAGCGGGGCCCCUCGUGAACAAGCCCAACGAGCCCGAGUUUAAGCUGAAGCUGGAGCCAUUGAAAGCAGUCGACUUCAAGAGCGACAAACUUCUGCACGAAGCCACCCACUGUGAAUGGACUGUCACCAACAAUACGGGCAAGCGACAAGCAUUCAAAGUAGGUUCAGUUUUUUUAAACUGCAAAAACUUUAUUUACAACAUUUUUUGAAAAACUGUGAAUACUUUCUUUACAAAUCAUAAAAUGGCAAGAGCUUUCUUUACAAUGCUUUUUCACAAAAUGCAAAAAUUUUCUAUACAAAACCCCCUUUUCAGGUCAAGUGCACAUCAAACGAGGCCUUCCGCGUCCGCCCACCACUGGGCUUCAUCGAGGACAAGCAGUCGAUCAAGAUCCGAGUGACGAGCCUUCUGAAGGAGAUUCCACCAGCCAAUCGCCACUUCUUUGCCAUUUACCAUAUGCCAUCGGACGAGAAGAAACCGCCCCGUACCGUGUGGACAGCCCAAGUCAAACCCGACGGUGUACUGCGAUUACCGUGUGUGUUCCACAAGAUGGACGGUAGUGAGUGGAAGGUUGGUGAGAAGGGCCCAGGCGCCGGUCCCACCAAGUCCAUGAUGCAAGCCCCGGCUGCGCCCGAAAAGAAGGAAGAAGAAAAGAAGGAGGAGAAGAAGGAGGAAAAGAAGGAAGAGAAGAAAGAAGAGGAGAAGAAGGAGGAAAAGAAGGAAGAAAAGAAAGAAGAGAAGAAGGAAGAGAAGAAGGAAGAAAAGAAAGAGGAGAAGAAGUGUUGA